AUGUCCGAGACUUCCUCUGUGAUGGACUCCAAUGCCGACCCCAACAACGCCUCCUUGACUUUCACAUAUCCGUUUCAAUGUCCUCACCACGCCGGUAUCGAUCAUCUCUUGUCGACAUUUUACACGACGGGUACUCCAACUUCGCCUAUAGAACCUACAACCCCAGCACAACCUUUAGCCAGAGCUAGGACAACACCUAUGGCCGGCUUCCUUGCAUCUCGACCUUUAAACCCCCGACCGCUCUCUGCUAUUACGUCCCUGACGGCUCUGAGUAUCGGAGGAUGGUUCAGAAUCAAUGCUUGUUGGAGAGGAGAACCGUUAGCUAGAUUAGCCAGUGUUUAUGUGGCUUGGAGAGUGACGUCGGGGAGGGAAGUACGAGGUACCGAUAGAAUUCGUGUCAGAAUUGCAACGAUGGGAUGCGGCGGCGGCGAUGAGGUAGCGUGA